GCACGCUUACAUCCUUACAUACGUAGGAGCUAUGAGUUUCCCUGCGACUUUUACGUAAUAAUCUGACCCCCGCGUCCACAGUGAAAAACCACUCGACAAUUCAUACCAUUCCUUCGGACAACGCAAAUGGAGCUCAGGCCUGGCCUAUCAGCUCUCGUAACCGGCGGCGCCUCCGGCAUCGGCCGAGCACUAGUUUUGGCCCUGGCGCAGAGAGGUAUUUUCGUCACAGUCGUCGAUUUUUCUCAAGACAAAGGGGAACAAGUUGCAUCACUAGCUGAAAAAGAAGUUUCCAAGUUUCACUCCAGAUUGGAAUUUGCACCUGCUCUAUUCAUCAAAUGUGAUGUUACCGAUUCAAAUGAACUUACGGGGGCUUUCGAGAACCAUGUUAAGACGUAUGGAGGAUUGGAUAUCUGUAUUAACUGUGCUGGAAUCGCGACUCCGGUUCCAUUUUAUCAGGAUAAGACUGAUGGCGCUAAGUCUUGGAGACGCGCUGUUGAUGUUAAUUUUGUUGCAGUUAUUGAUUCCACCCGCCUCGCGAUUCGAGCAAUGCAAGAAGCUAAAAGACCUGGUGUGAUCAUUAAUAUCGGCUCUGCUUCAGGAUUAUACCCUAUGUACCCUGACCCUAUUUACUCUGGCUCCAAAGGGGGAGUAGUACUAUUUACCAGAUCGCUGGCUCCUUAUAAGCGUCAAGGGAUUCGUAUAAAUGUACUUUGCCCUGAGUUUAUUCAAACCGAGUUGGCCUCUAAGGUGGAUCCUAAGUUUAUUGAUCUGAGUGGUGGCUUCUUGCCUAUGGAAAUGGCUGUGAAAGGUGCCUUUGAGCUUAUUACUGAUGAAAGUAAAGCUGGGGCUUGCUUGUGGAUAUCUAACAGAAGGGGUUUGGAGUAUUGGCCCACUCCCGCAGAAGAAGAAAAAUAUCGUGUACGCCCCAAGACUUUGAGGAGGAAUUCUCCGGAUGUUGUCCCACUUAAUAUUCAACUCCCUCAAAGUUUUGAGAAAAUAGUUGUUCACACUUUAAGCCACAACUUCCGUACUGCAACACGUGUACAACGAACUUUAUUGACACUGCCGCUUAAACCAGAUUAUGUUCUUCUGAAAAUCAUCUACGCUGGGGUUAAUGCUAGUGAUGUAAAUUUUAGCUCUGGAAGGUAUUUUAGUGGGGGCAACAAAGACAUCAGUUCCCUCCUUCCUUUUGAUGCUGGCUUCGAGGGUGUCGGUAUAAUUGCUGCUAUAGGUGAUUCAGUUAAACACUUAAAAGUUGGCACUCCUGCUGCAAUUAUGACGUUUGGAAGUUAUGCCGAAUUCACGAUGGUACCCUCAAAACACAUCCUCCCUGUGGCAAGACCAGAUCCAGAAGUUGUUGCUAUGCUCACGUCUGGGCUAACAGCAUCUAUAGCUUUAGAAAAGGCAGCACAAAUGGACUCAGGGAAAACAGUUCUUGUCACUGCCGCUGCAGGAGGGACAGGACAAUUUGCUGUCCAGUUGGCAAAACUAGCUGGAAGUAAGGUCAUUGCAACCUGUGGAGGAAAAGACAAGGCCAAACUCUUGAAGGAUUUGGGAGUGGAUCGAGUCAUUGACUAUAAAGCUGAAAAUAUCAAAACCGUUCUAAAGAAUGAGUUCCCUAAAGGUGUUGAUAUUGUAUACGAGUCUGUUGGCGGUGAAAUGUUUGAUAUGUGCUUGAAUGCUUUGGCCAAUUAUGGACGUCUAGUUGUGAUUGGGAUGAUCUCUCAGUAUCAAGGAGAGCAAGGAUGGAAGCCACGGGCUUAUACUGGGUUAUGCGAAAAGAUUCUAGCAAAGAGCCAGACUGUGGCUGGAUUUUUCUUGGUACAAUAUGCUCACCUUUGGCAACAACACCUAGAUAAGCUAGUAGAUCUAUACUCCUCAGGGAAGCUAAAGGUUGCUGUAGACCCCAAACCAUUCUUGGGUGUUCGUUCUGUUGCUGAUGCAGUUGACUAUCUUCAUUCUGGUAAAAGUGUUGGCAAGGUGGUUGUCUGCAUUGAUCCAACAUUCGGUCAUCAUUCCGCAAAAUUAUGAGGACAUAAUGGCCAAGUUCCACUAUUUUUCUCUUGCAAGAAUUAAAAAUUAAUUGUCCUGACUAAUACAGUACUAAAGCAUUCACAAGGCCUCAAUACACAUAUAUAGGCUAAAAUAAAGAAGGCAGCUGCCAUACAAGGAUCUGAUGGAAGACCUGUCAUUUAAGUAUUUCAGAUUAAUGACCUGUAUUAUAUCAUAUUUCGCAUUUUGAACAUAGUGUGAAAUUUCAGCUUGCCAAUCUGUCACUCUGUGCUUGGAUCUAUGAUUUAGAUGAGAGAAAACCAUGGCAUUAUGUUUUA